AUGUUCAGAGCGCAACUGCGCCGACGACCAUUUGUCUACACGCAGAACCUCACUCGCCUAUUCAGACUAUCUUCCACCUCAGCUCUAGGCUCUGAUACGCCUCUAAUACGCCUACAAAAUGCCACAAUAUACAAAGACUCGAUCGAUCGGAACAAUGCUUCGCCUCUGUUCAGCGACCUGAACUUCAGCCUACCUCCAGCAGGCGAGCAUUGGGCUAUCCUUAGCGCCACCUCAUCUACGCGCACCGAUUUGUUGAAAGUCUUGAGCGGCAGAUAUCUCUGCACUCCACCACAAGCUCGUUCAUAUCCACACCUGCUACGCAACAAUACUCCACACCACCGCGCUAUUGGCUAUAUUGGUUUCGAUGCUGAGAGAAGCGGCUUGGGUGGUACUGCUGUCAAGGGUGAAUAUCUGAGUCAACGCUAUGAGGCUCAUCGCGAAGUCACCGACUGGUCUCUACUAGAUUACCUGGAGGGAAACACCGAGCUGAAUGCUCUCGAAAAGCCUGCCGAUUAUUUGGACACCCACUUGCUGACGAACGUCAUUGCAAACCUCAACCUGGAUCCCCUGCUGCAUCUACCUGUCAGCAACCUCAGCAAUGGUCAGACGCGCAGAGCUCGUAUUGCCAAGGCAUUGCUUGCCAAACCAGAACUUCUCCUGCUUGAUGGUCCAUUCAUGGGUCUUGACCCUAUGACCACACUGCACAUAUCAAGCUUUCUCCAGCAAAUGGCCGAGCAGAGUAAUCCGAACAUCGUCUUAUCUCUACGUGUAGGGGAUGAUGUACCUGCCUGGAUUACUCAUUUGCUCGUCAUCGACCCCGAUACGAAUACAAAAAUUCGCUAUCAAGGUACCAAGGGUAGCGUCUGGGAGGGUUUGCAUAACGUCCGUGGAGGAGACGAAGGCUUCAACCCAAGCUUGCGGAAAAGCAUAACGGGGAUCUCUGCAAGACCUUCCCGAGCUAAGACUGGAAGACACUUAAGUCGUGACGGCCUACCCCAUGAUCAUCUUCCCAUCCCUCUAGGAGAACCACUGGUCGAGAUGCAAGGCGUGAAAGUCUCUUAUGGAGUGGACAACCAGUCAAGUAAACGCACAGUCUUGGGUAAUUGGUCCGAAUCUGUCGAUGGUACGGAGAAAGAGGGUCUAUGGUGGAACGUACGUCGUGGUGAACGCUGGGGCGUCUUUGGACCGAACGGUUCAGGCAAGACCACGCUUCUAUCCUUGAUCACAUCAGAUCAUCCUCAGACCUAUGGUCUUCCUAUCAAACUUUUCGGCCGCUCUCGUAUUCCCUCUUCAGGCCAGCUCGGAAUCAGUAUCUUUGAACUCCAAUCGCGUAUAGGACAUAGCUCGCCCGAGGUCCAUACAUAUUUCCCCAAACAUCUGUCUGUUCGCCGUGUUCUAGAGAGUGCUUGGGCAGACACACCACUAUCGAAACCUCAACUGACGCGCCAGAAAGACAUUCGUGUCGAUACAUUCCUGCGUUGGUUUGCUCCCGAAUUGUCGCCUACCAAGACCAGCGAGCUUCAAAUUAUUGCAAGCAAGCUGAGGCGUACUGGGCCUGUACAUCCCGACAUUAAACGCAGAUUGGAACGCCUCCGCACUGCCAACGAUGAUCUUGAUUGGGCAGACACCAUAACCUUCAGAGAUGUGCCUUUCAGCUCACAGCGCUUGUUGCUGUUCCUUCGCGCCUUGAUCUCCGAACCUGAUUUGAUCAUCUUGGAUGAAGCUCUGAGCGGAAUGGACAAGGCUGUUCGCGAAAAAUGCCUGCUGUUCCUCGCCCACGGUGAGAAGCUGGAGUAUAAGCAUAACCAGAAAAUCGUGAACAGCGUGCCGAUGACCAAUAACAUGGUCAACUUUGGGGGCAUUCAAGACACACAGGCAUUGUUGACUAUAAGCCACAGCACAGAGGACAUUCCUGGCUGCAUCAGGCAAUGGAUAUGUCUUCCAGAGCCUAGUGAAGCAAAGCCAGCGAGAGUUGGUGAGCUACCAGGACCACUUGAACUCCAUCGCGACGGUUGGGAAGAGAUCUGGAAUCUACCAAACAACAAACCACAGAAAAUUUCUAGAUUGCGAUCGGAUAGAUAUGCAAAGUUGGAUCAAAAGGCUCGAGAAGAAGAGGACAUUGAGAAUGGGUCAGAGAAAGAAGGACAGGAAGAAGACGCGACAGACAAAGCGUCUUCAUCCCUGCCUUCCUCGUAA